AUGGCAGACAAUGCAGCUCUUGCUGCGCAGCUAGCGCAAGUGCAAAGGAAGAGGCAGCAGCUUCAAGAGCUGAUGGAUCUUGAACGUCAGGAAGCUGACAUCACCGCUGCAUUGCAAGUUCCGGCGCAUCACACGGGUCGAAAUUUCUUCAACCCGCUGCCAACACUGCCAGCGCCACCAGCUCAGCCUGCGUUCGUGCAAGACGCAAAGCCCCACCUAGAAGGCUCAAGAGAACAGCCCAUUGCGCUUGAUGAGACCCCGCCACCAUCGCCACGCACAAGGAUCAAGCGUGAGGAAGAGGAGCAUUUGGCCCUUCUGGGUGAACUCGACUCCUAUGUACAGCAGGUCAGGUCCCCAGACAUGGUUCUUGAGAAUGGGCCCAUUCCCAAGACCGAGGAGCGCAAACGUGGCAAGGCUUGCGCCGAGUGUCGAGCACGCCGAGUGCGUUGCAAGCACAGGAAUCGUGAACCGAUUUCUCCAGAAGCAGAGACCAUUGCACCAGUGUCCCCUCGUAAGGCAAAGUCCAAGGCCAAGGCCAAAGCCAAAGCCAAACCACUCGACCAGGCGCCAAGUAAAGGACAGUACAGCUCAGUCAGUGAAGACGCCAAUUACGAGAGCAUCAUCAAAGCAGUCGACAGCGAUGACUACGUUGAGCUAGCAUGUCCUUUUUGCCAAGCUAAUUGCUACAUCAAUCACCGAAAGAACCUGUUCUUUUUUCGAGGAGCAGCGGGACUUGUGGGCCAUAUCUCCAUAUGUCAUGCAUCGCAGAAAUGGGAGGGAUUCAGAAACCGCUCAGUCGCCGAACGCUGCGUUCGUCGCACUCUAACCGCCGAGGAAGCCGAUGCUGUUCGCAACGGUCGGCACGAUGUCUUCGUGGUAGACCAAGUCUUGGCGAGCGGUGCUGAGGAGGGCUCGCACGUGAAGAAGGAGCGUCGAAAACGGAAACGUGGAGAGAUGGGAGGCCGGGUACUUGACGACACUAUUGCCGGUGUAGAAGAGGACGAAGUGGCCGCGCCACCCAUCAGCACUGAGCGGAAGUCGCCGUCGACACGAGCGAAUUCCACCAGGCUGGUCAAGGAGCCAAGCAGUGGAGCUGAAGAUGUUGCAAAGCUCAGACAUGGCCAUGCCAUCCCUGGGCCAGAGACGAGAGCGAGCAGCAUGGUGACCGACAACGGCAAGCGAGCGCGAAAGACUGCUCCCGGAGGACCUCUGGGUCAUAGGUAG